CAAAAAGUCAAUAAGGUGACAAAGCCAGAUCCUUUUCCGUUACCUCGUAUGGAUGAUUGCAUAGACCAGGGCACGAGGGGUGAGUUUAAAAGUGAGAGAAGGAGCGACCUGACAAUCAGACCGAGGAGCAACGAGGAACCAGAACACAUCUGUGAUCAUAUUCCAGCUGAGCAGCACUAAGAUGGAGAGAGUCAUGCAUCUAACUGUGGUAACUGCUGUCCUGCUGUCGGUGGGCAUCCUGAACGCUGUCACAGCCCAGCCUCACACUGAAGAGCUUCUGUCAGUAUGUGAAGAACUAGGACAUGUUGCUUGUGGUGAAGGAUGGAGCCGCAUUGAUGCCAAACGCUGUGUUAAAUACUUCCAAACUCCAAAAUCCUUCGAUGAUGCAAAGGAACACUGCAACAGCUCAGGCAGUGAACUGGUGACAUUCCAAACUCAAGAAGAGAUGAUGAAAGCCGUUUGUGUCACCUUACAUGGCAACCCUGAACCUGAAUCUCUUUGGAUUGGAGUUGAAAGAUCCGGGGAGGGGUUCGUAAAUGUUGAUGGAUCUGAGGUCAAGCAUGCUCAAUGGUACCCUGGACAGCCAGACCAUUUUGGUGGACAAGAGAACUGCGUUACGAUAAACCACAAAGAAUGGGGACUCUGGAAUGAUGCCAACUGCAAAGAAGAGCAUCAUUUCAUGUGCGUCCAGACGAUGUGAUCAUCACCUGCUGCUGUUUGCUUUCACAUUUACAAUCAGUGUAGACAUCGACAGCUGAGCUGCUGCUGGACCAGUUUGUUUCAUGAUGACCUGCAAAACACAAGCUUCUUAACUUUACUGUAAUAAACGCUUCAGCAUUCAA